AGCGGCGGCGGCGGCGAGAUUCUUGAUCAAGAUAUGGCCGGUGGUAUGGCGGCGGCAGAGGCGGAGGGGGAUAGGGGUGACGUCAGGCCCACCAUUGCAGAGAGAAGGGCGGCGAAAAGCGGUUUCCGGGCUCUCUCUCUCCGCCGGAAAUGUGCUCCUCGCCUGCGUCGUCUCUCCGCUCCCCUCGCUUCACUAUUUCUCCCGGAAUCAGCCCUACGGCGCUGCUAGGGUCGCCGUCCGGCUGCCCGGCCAUGCUCCCCGGUUCUCUCGAAUCUCCUGCAACAGAAACAUUACAAUUUCCAGGGCAAGUUAGGGACGACAAUUCUGAGUUUGGCUUAGUUAUGAAUCAUCAUAUAACAGACGACAACGGGUCCGGCAUAGGUACCAAUUCCGAUGAAACCGAUCAUCCUCCGCCGACGGAUUUUCCGGUCGAAUCAUCCGAAAGCCGAACGGGCAUGUCCUGUGACAUCAUCGUCACAAAUUCCAGUGACCAAGAACUUCCGCUGCCUCGUCAUCCGCAUAGCCCGGCACCCCUUACCAAUUCGUCGGACGACGACGGGUACGCGUGGAGGAAAUACGGGCAGAAGCACGUGAAAGGGAGCGAGUACCCGCGGAGCUAUUACAAGUGCACUCACCCGAAGUGUGCCGUGAAGAAGAAAGUGGAGCAUUCGCCGGACGGGCAGAUAACAGAGAUCGUUUACAAGGGGGCACACAACCACCCCAAGCUUCCAUCAUUGACCGGAUCAACGGCCAUGAUCGGGUUUGAACCCGGAGAUACCCCUCAGCCGUCAUCUACAGCCGGUAGUCAAGAUGGUGAUGGUGAUGAUGAAGAUGGAGUCUCCCAAGGCAUCUCCAAUUUCCUACACACAGAAUACGGGGAUCCGGAACCCAAACACAGGAGGAAAGAUGAAUGGGGAGGAGAAACGAGCGUGACAACAACAAGAUCAAUAGGGGAACCAAAAGUGGUACUUCAGAUUGAAAGCGAAAUAGACAUACUUGACGACGGUUAUCGCUGGAGAAAGUACGGUCAGAAAGUUGUCAAGGGCAAUCCAAAUCCCAGGAGCUAUUACAAGUGCACAAGUCCAGGAUGCCCGGUGAGGAAGCACGUGGAAAGAGCAUCGGACGACCUGAAAUCCGUGAUCACCACUUACGAAGGGAAGCACAACCACGAGGUGCCGCCCACCAAGGCUGCUGCUGCUGCUGCAGUAGUGAACUGCAACAGCUACACCGCACCUCCUGCCGCCAGCGGCUCAGCCUUUCUGCCGAGAGAACCAGCUUCUUCUGGUGAGAGGGAGCAGCGGGAUCACCAUCCAUCCUUCCCAUUUGAACAGAAACCUGUUAUUACAGCAGGGGUGGAGGAGGGGGCGGAGACGCUUGACUGCUAUGCAACCGACUUCAAAUUUAUGCCUUCCUCUGUUUACCCGCUCAAAUUCCCGCCUACACCAUUUUAUGGAAGGAGCAGCUCGCUCGUUGCUGCUGCCACCACCACCUGUAACUAUAGCAGGCCGCCAGAGAUGGUGGUUCUGCCUGAGCUGCCCAUUCCACUAUACCCAAUGAAACUGCCUUCUCUUCACAAACUCACAGAAUUGGCCCCACUUGCUAAUUUCCUUCACUUCAAUGGCACUGGUCCAAAGGAAGAGCACAAACAGGGUAAUCCCCACACAUUGCUAUACCAAUGACUAUGCAGAACAUUUUCCAUAUUGAUUACCCUUGAACACUCUUCCUGUAUUUGAUAACACAUUACACAAUGAAGGUUUUUUAAAAUU